AUGGCAAAUGGGUGGAAGUGCUUUAAGGUCGAAGAUGCGCUGAUGUGCAAGGUGUUUGCAAUGACCUUACGAGGAGCAGCUCAGGAUUGGUUUCAUACCGUGCCAUCCAGGUCGAUCAGCAGCUUUAAGGAGUUAGCUUUAGUCUUCACCAAGGAGUACACUUCUUAUCGGACUAUCAAAAAUGACCUUGGCCACCUAUUCAACCUGUGCAAGAAGCAUAAUAAAUUCCUCCAAGACUACAUCAAAAGAUUUAAGGCAAAGAAAGCCAACAUUGUGGGAUACAAUGACUGA